AUGACUGAUUUGAUCGACGUGUGCGACGAGUUGUACGAAUCUGGAUCCAUCUUUGGAGCUAUCGACCUUAACAUCCCUUUUCUUGCAAAGUUCUCGAACUGGACCGACUUCGAGAGUUAUAUUCUUGCGCGGAAGCAUCGGGCUACUGGACUUAUUCUUGGCCUUUGCGCCAUGCCCGAUCUAUUCCUUGACUGUGCAAGCCAGCCAGCCUGUACAGCAGAUGCACUACAAGGAGAGUCCUUGUUCAGUGGGUCCUUGUGGGCGGAUUACCACCCAGCCUGGGAGUUCUAUGGGACCUUAGGCUGUCAAUGCACUGAGAAAUCCCUAAGAGGAUGCUCAGACAUCUCGGAGAUACUUCAGGAAGGAUACUUUCUGGGACAGAGUGGCGAAAUUCGUGCUUUGUGGCGCGAUGAGUGCCCAUUACACAAAGCCCUUUUUGUGCGCAAGACUCUUCUUAGAGUUCAAAGAAAGACUGAGAGCCUGGACGAAGAGCAGUCACUGGCCUGGUUCCGUCACAUCAUCCGCGGCCGUUCAUACUUUAUGCAACGUGGAGAGCACGAGUCGUGGCUAGAGCUGGUCCGGAAGUGGUGGCUGACUAUUGCCGAGGAAGUCUCACAUACACCGCAUCUAUCUUCAUCACUAACGACUCAAGCUGUUCAAGCUGCAACCGAAAUCGAAGGUCCUGCCUUCAAGGAAGCAUACUACCACUUACUGGAUUGGCUCUCGAGAUGGCAAGUACAUGGUGGAGGAGUGCCCUCAGACUAUGAGAAUCUUACCGCCCGAGAUUUCGCUUGUCAUUUAGAGGACAGGUCCUUCUUCUUCGAUCACUUGUGUUAUCGCUCAGAAAGCGAGAUUUCACCACCGCAAGCCUCAGAAUUUGGAAAUGCUGAGAUGCCAUGGGAAGUCCGACUUCUGCUAGGACUUCCGCUAAUCCCUAUUAAGAACCUCGAUUAG